UAGAAUUUUGGGUCACAAAUGUAACUUUUAAUUGUGUUAGGGCCAUUAUUUAAUUAGCCAAAACUAAAGUGGUCUAUUUAAUAUUGAUCUUAUGGCUAAGGGCAUAUGUGUUAUGAAAAGGUAUUGUGCGGAUACCAUAAGGCAAUAUUCUAAUUUGAUGAGGGGCCAAAUUAGAAAUAUUGAAAACAGAAUUGUAACUGAUGCAGUUACUUAUAGGGUUAUGGUCCCCAAUUGUAGACACAACACAGUAACGUGAAAAGUUUCUCCUCAUCCCCAUCAGAGGAAAACAUCAGGAAACCCUAAGGGUGAUCUACAAUUGGAAGAUCACAACCCCAGAUCCUUCAGCGAUUCCCAUGGCUCAUUCAGGUACGCUUCCGCUCUAGAUCUUCAUCAUGUUUUUUGGGUAUGGGUUAAUCAAGUGUGGUUUAGGAUUAUGCUCCUAUUUUCUAUAUGGGUAGAAAAGCAUGUGGUAAAAAUAUUUUUACAGCACACCCUUGCAUUAAAAUUAAAUUAUCAUUGUCCAAGAGGGGUAGCUCAGUUGGCAACACAGGUUGAGUGUGUGGGAAGAGCUCUCGGGUUCGAUCCCCACAUAAUACACUCUGGAGGAGGGAUGAGGAGCCUUAACUGUAACUAAAUCCUGAAUCUUGCGGGCAUCCAAAGGGUGACCGGUAUCGGAUGUUUAUAAAAAAAAUUAAACUAUCAUUACCUCAUCAUAAACAUUUAUGAUUUAAAAAUUUAUCCUGUAACGUACAUAUCUCACUUUAAAUUAGUUAAGUACGUAAUUGACUAAUACUUCUGUAAUUGACUCCUUCGUACUCCAAAUCCCAAGUCAAAAUAAAAAUACAAAAAAAAUAAAUAAAAACUAAAACUAAACCUUCGACCUCUCCAUAAGACUUGAACUUUUUCUCUCACCAACGUUUAGAUCCCCCCAAUAAACACAUCAUUUUACAACCCCACUUCCUUCUUCCAUUCACAUUUUCACACUUCCCCUUCGUGUUUCUUCUUCUUCCCUCUUCUUUGCUGAAUUUCAAAAUCAAAGUCCUACCUUCAUAUUCAUACAUAAUGUCUUUCAAUUUCAACAAGAGAAAGAUCAUGAAAACGCUCCUCAAAUCCAACGGAGGAGGUUGUGGCUGCAAAAAACCAAAACUCUCUGACGUGCACCACCCCACCCCAAAACCCAAAAUCUCCAUCUACCAAAACAAAAACCCUAGCAGCCUCACCUCGUCUUCCACCACCGCCACCACUUCCGCCGCCGAUGAAGACUUCACUCCCACCACCAUCUCUGAACCUGACACCACCACCACCAACAACAAAAAUCACUUCAUCCCCAAACCGAGCCCGAAACUCAUAAACAGCAUCGCCAUUGAGAAGGACUCAAAGGAUCCACACAAAGAUUUCCGGCAUUCCAUGCUCCAAAUGAUCUUCGAGCGAGAGAUCUACUCAGAAUCCGAACUUCAACAGCUUCUCGAGUGUUUUCUUCAACUGAACGCGCCGUGCCACCACCACAUCAUCAUUCAAGCCUUCAUCGAGAUCUGUGAGGAAAUAUUCCCAAAGAAGCUCGAUGAUGGCAGCAGUGGUGGUGGCAAACCGGCGCGCAGGAACCAGAACGUUCCACAAAGUCGGUGAAGGAUGUGGGUGAUGAUACUAUUUCAGCGCCUAACAGAAAAUGCGUGGUCCGUGUGAAGGCCAUGUGAAGGCAUUGAAUUCUCACGUGUGAAGAAACUGCAUGGAAACGACGAACCGUUUCAAAUGGAGUUUGUUAUUCUGAUCUCAAAUAAUUAUGGAAGUGGAAGUGGGGUUGGAAGGAGUUGGAAGCAAAGUCCAAAAUUUAUUAAAACGUUGGGGCUUUUAGAUUUUGAAAUUGCCUACAGAGGAGGGAAGUUAUCAUCAUCAAGUUUGAUUACCCCUUGAAAUAUGGAUCGAGGUGCAUAUAUUCUUUUGUUUUUUUUAUUUAAUUUAGAGGAAUUAUUUGAUUAUUUACAUAUCAUCAAUUCAUUUAAU